GACAGAUCGAGCUGUGCAACCAAAAAUGUCUAAAAAGUUUAAAUCUAACCUUUACUGUGAAGUUCCUAUCUCACUACUGUUUUUACUAUUGUUGGCGAUCAUACGUGCAGGAGGCGUUGAACUGUUCCAAACUGAACCCGUUGUGUGCAUUAGUGAUGGUUGUUUGCGAGGCACGGUCUUGCAGAACAGUGUUGGCAGCACUUAUCCAGCGUUUCUGGGCAUUCCGUUUGCCAAACCUCCUAUCGGGAAGCUUCGGUUUGCGAAUCCACAACCCAACGAUCCAUGGAAGGGAAAGUACGAUGCAUCCACGACAAAGAGCGCAUGUAUCCAGAUAGUAACAGUCCUCCCAUCGCCUCGCCUGUACGGGUCAGAGGACUGUCUGUACCUGAACGUGUUCAUGCCGACUCUACAAAUCCGGGAAACUGCACUACUUCCCGUGAUGGUCUACAUUCAAGGUGGUGGAUUUUUGUACGGCUCAGCGCAACUGGAACAGCGUAAUCCUGCCCGCUUUAUGACCUGGCGUCGUGUGAUCGUUGUGACGUUCCAGUACCGCUUGGGUGUGUUUGGAUUUCUCUCCACGGGCGACCGGGCCGCUCCGGGUAACUUUGGCAUGAAGGAUCAAGUGAUGGCACUCCGAUGGGUAAAGAAGAACAUCCGUGCGUUCGGAGGAGAUCCCAACCGGGUUACGAUCUUCGGUGAAAGUGUUGGAGGAUCCAGUGUACAGUACCAGAUGCUCAGUCCUCUGAGUCGAGGUCUGUUUCAUCGGGCAAUAAGCAUGGGUGGUAGUGAUUUCUAUAGCAUGAAAGGAGCGAUCGGAAGUCCUCUUACUUUCGCAAGAGCGCAGGCGAACGUAGUUGGAAUAGAGGACGCCAAUGAACUGUCAUCGGCGGAGCUGGUCGAGCAGCUGCGAAAGGUGGAUGCGUAUGAGCUGACGCGCAGUAUCGAACGGUUGAAGCAGUGGGAUAUCCACCCGAUCACCAUGUACCUUCCAGUAGUGGAGCCGCCGGGGGAACCAGAGUCCUUUUUGGUCGAAGAUCCUCGAGCUGCUUGGAGGCGGGGAGCAUAUGCAGCUGUUCCUUGGAUGACGGGAAGCAUUCCGAACGAAGGAUCCAUCAUCACACAGACGAUUUACAAGAAUGAAUCACUAAUUGAAGAUUUCAAUGCAAAGUUUGUCUUUGCGUUACCGUUCAUACUAGGAACUAGUAUCUCGAAGGAGAAACUCACAGGGCUUAGAAAGCGUUUCCUCAAGAACACUCCUCCCUCGAAGUGGAUUACCAAGGAUAACUACGCUGAGAUCACUAAGCUGUUUUCGGAAGCCUAUUUCCAGUACCCGAUGGUAAAGAACAUCAAGCAGCACCUCGCCAACCGGAAGAAUACUUCGACCAGUGUCUACUCCUUCCAGUUUCGUGGCCGGUACUCUUUCUCCACAUUGUUAACCGGCUCAGAAAAGUCGUACGGUCUUAGUCAAGCCGACGAGAUGAUCUACCUUUUCCGUAUGCAACUGUUGUUCCCCGAGUUUCCACCAGGCUCGCCGGAAGCGGAAAUGGCCCAGCUGUGGGUAAAGUUUAUCGUAGACUUUGCCACGCAAGAAUCGGUCGAUAAGAUCGGAACAUGUUACGGCGAAAAGUGUGACGUGGUGACGUUUGCAAACUCAAACAAUCGAUACUUUCCCGUAAGCAAACAGCUUUUGCCAGGGCUAGACGAAGAGAUGUACCGCUUUUGGAAGAGUUUUUUAUGAGGAAAGAGCAUAGUUAUUGGAGUCACAUAGAGUUCAAGGUUAAAUUCGUGGCUUAAUUCUUCUUCUUCUUCUUUGGCACAACAACCGUGGUCGAUCAAGGCCUGCCUGUACCACUAGUGGGGCUUAGCUUUCAGUGACUUAUUAUUACCAUAGCAGGAUAGUCCUACAUAUGGGGGCAUGGUCCAUUCGGGCCUUGCACCCAUGACGGGCAUAUUGUUAAGUCGUGCGUGUUGAUGUUGACGAGGUCGGAUAAUAAUUUAAUUAAUUUAGAUAAUUCAAAUAUUAACACUAAUUUUCUUAAUUUAUUUUUACAGUAGCGAACAUUACCCGUUACGCACUGCCGCUACUGUUGAGACAACGGUGCUUUUUAAGAUUAAGCCGAUCUCCACACUGAUUAGAUCAAUUAAAGCGUUGUAGGGCUCUGUGGUUGUUAGCCCAACUGUCCACAUAAGGCUCUACUUAUAAAAGUUAAAAGCAAGAUUGAAGGACGUCCUAAGC